AUGGUGACAGCACAGCAGCCUUUCCCCCUGGAGAGGCGUUUGCGGAGACAUAAGAUGAGCCCUCUGUACGCCUCUAAGAUUCCGUGUAGCUCUGCAUCCGCUGAGUGCACAAAUCAGGUCGUAGUGUCGGAACCGUGUGGGAGGCCCAGGAAGAGAACCAACGCGCACAGGUCCAUCUACGGGGAGAAAUCUAAAGGUGAGGUUUUCAUCCUGAAGUAUCUAGGUCCUGGCAUCUUGUCCAUGGCAAAUGCUGGAGCAAACACAAAUGGUUCCCAGUUGUUCGGGCUGAGCACAGAGCAGCCGCAUGAAAAACACGUGGUCUUGGGGAAGGUGAAAGAAGGCAUGAGCAUGAGUAUCAUGGAAGCCAUGGAGUGUUUUGCAUCCAGGAAUGGCAAGACCUGGAAGAAAAUCACCGCUGCUGCCGACAAACAGCUCUGA